AUGGCGACCCUUGCGGAACAUCCGGCUGCCGCCCCCUCUUACGAUCAAGACAUUGAUACCUUCCUCAACCUCGACCAGCUUACCUACACGGAACCGGCCCGAUCUAAGGCUGCCCUGACCACUCAACCUACACUUCCUAGCACAGACUUCACUGCCGGUGAUGUCCGCAGUGCCAGCUUUGCCUCGAACAGUCAAUCACCCAUCGCCUUCCAAGGCCCGAGUCAUCAAUAUGAUGAACACAAGCAGCAGACCGGUCUGCCGCCCGGGGCCCUGGCCCAAGCGAUGACUUUCAACAACCACAUGAACAGCCUGAACCUAGGUGGUGCCAGCCCGGGAUUCGCGAUGAGCGGAGAUAUGUAUGCCGGUGCUCAACUGAAGCGCGAAGACGCCCCCCUGGACUUCAAUGCCGUCCCCGCCCGCAACCCUUCAGAAAUGGAUCUGGAAUCCGACAACAUGGGUGCCGUGCCUGCUUAUUUCUUUUCCCCAACCCCCAACAAGAGCCAAUUCGUCGAUCCGAGUGCUUUGGGUGGUCAGGAAGUCGCCCCUGCUGGCCAGUCCACUCAGGUCGGUCGCAUGUACCCCGGAAUGCAUCAGCAACAGGCUGCCAUGGCCAAGGCUGCUCAGCAGCAAAAACACCAUCACAUGCUCCGCCAGCAACAAUUUCAACAGCAGCAGCAGCAGCAGCAACAGCAACAGCAACGCCGAGUGGAGGAGCAAAUGCAACAAGGAGCCCAGCAGCCCCAACCUCGUCCCUCCAACCCUGUCGUUGAGGAGCGUAUUUCGCGCCUCUUGCAGCAAAUGAGACAGAACGCUAUGGGAUCUCCUGACGAUUCCCCGUCCCCGUCUUCUCUGCCUCAGAUGGCCAAGUCGAAGAAAGACGAGCAGGAUAUGGAUGAGGAUGAGCGACUGCUUGCCAGCGAGGAAGGAAAGAAACUGAGCAGCAAGGAACGCCGCCAGCUCCGCAACAAAGUAUCUGCUCGCGCUUUCCGAUCGCGGAGAAAGGAAUAUAUCGGCCAGCUCGAGAGCGAGGUGGCUGCUCGGACCAACGAGGCCCACGAUCUCCGCAUGCAAAACCGUGCUCUUUUCGAGGAAAAUGCCCGCCUGACCGAUCUUGCCCACAUGCUCCUGUCAUCUCCGAACUUCUCUCAGUUCCUUGAUGAGCAAGGUAUCAACGGCUUGCCCACAUCCAACCAACCCCAGCAGCAAUCUCAGCCUCAGCAGCAACAGGCGCAGCAGCAAGCUCCCACGAUGUCGCAGCCCCAGAUGCAGACCAGCCUUCCCAAGGAAAACCCUCCGAACCACAGCCCGCAGGACUACCCCAUGCAACACAAUCCUCAGAUGGUUAUGGUUCCCAACCAAGGGCUGGACGUCUCUGCUAUGGGCCUGAACAACGGUGGCUGGAACUCCGGCAUUGAUAUGAAUUACGCCAACACGCCCAUCUUCGCUGUCCUCGAAGUCCCCGAGCCGCCAGUCAUUGACACGGAGAUCCUGUCUGGAAAGGGCUCCUUUGGCUCCCUUCUCCCGGAGACCACCAGCAACAAGGACGAGGCGCCCGUUCUCGAAUGCCCGCCGAUGGCUGAGCAGCCCCAGACGACCGAUGCCGGUGUGGAAAACACGGAUGUUGAAAUCGAUGAAUCCGAUCCUGCCUUUGCUCUGUUCGCUGACCUGCCGGCUUCCGUCCCUGAAUCGUCGUUGGAGAAGCCCUUCGAAGGUAUUACUUCUGACAAGUCAUCUCCUGUAUUCGAGCUCGUCGUCGAGAACGAAUCGAAGGCUGCCGCUCAGCGGUUUGCUCACUUGUGUCACAGCAUGGAAGCCUCAUUCCAGCGUGUCUCGAUGUUCACUUCGCACCUCUCAUGA